CUCUCUCUCUCUCUCUCUCUCUGUGAAAUCGCAACGGAGGGGACGGUUUCCAGACACCGCCACCGCUGACCAUCUCCGACACUUCACCGUUCUCCGAUCAACCCGAGGCCUUCGUCUGCGGGAUCAGCGACGAUCUUCCUCCUCUCCGUUUCUCCGCUCAGCCCGACAACUCCAUCUCCGGGACUGCCGACGAUCUCCCUUCUCCCCGUUCCUCUCUCAGCCCAACGCCACCAUCUCCGGCAUCGCUGACCAUCUUCCUCUUCUCCGUUCUUCGCCCAGCCCGACGCCGGCCACCUCACUGCUCUGCCCCUUCUCCCUGGAUCUGAACGCUCCCUCAUUUGCUCGGUGUUCCUGAAAGGGUGCCAAGAUGCUACAAAGCGUUCCUCAUCAAAUUGUACAAUCACCAGCUAGGCUAGGCCUACCAAACCCAAAUUCACCUUCUCUACAGAACCCUACCCCUCCUAAAUUCUCUUCCCAACUCUCACAAUCUCAUGCCCCCAGUCAACAACCUAAUUUGAUACCUGCUACAACCACCUCCUCAACUCUUCUACCUUUACUUCCACCUCUCUCUAGGGCUCAAUCCCUUCUCCUUCAAAUGGCCUCCCUUGCAUCUCGACUUUUUGAAGUCUCACCCAAUCGGUCUCAUUGGCUCAGUGCCUUCCGUGGUUCCCUUCCUACCUUUCUAUCUUCGCAGAACAAAUCCUCAAUGACUGUUCCUCCAGAAUCAUCUCCUUCCUCCACAAAAGAGAUACUAUCACUUUUUACGUCCCUUCAGACUCAACUCUUUGAAGCUGUUGCAGAACUUCAGGAAAUUCUUGAUCUUCAAGAUGCUAAGCAGAAAGUUGCUCGUGAAAUCCGGUCAAAAGAUGCUGCAAUGCUUUCCUUUGCUAAUAAACUUAAAGAAGCUGAAAGGGUUCUUGACAUUCUCGUUGACGAUUAUUCUGAUUAUCACCGCCCCAAAAGAUCAAAAGUGGAGAACAAUAUGGAUGAUUCUUGUAACACAACUAUUGCUAGUCAGCUGAAUUUGUCUGACAUUUUAUCAUAUGCCCACAGGAUAAGCUACACAACCUUUGCACCGCCAGAAUUUGGUGCUGGGCAGGCUCCAUUGCGAGGGGCACUUCCGCCCGCCCCUCAGGAGGAGCAACUGCGUGCUUCUCAAUUGUAUGCCUUUGCCAACCUAGAUGUUGGUCUACCUAAAUCAGUAGAAAGCAUGGAGAAAACAGUUGAGCCAUUCAUGGAAAUUCCACCUGUUCAGCCGGCGGAACCCAAUCCGCUUGGUGAUCUAACUGCAAUUCAGGGUCUGAUUCCUCCAACUAUUGUGGUUCCAUCUGGAUGGAAGCCUGGAAUGCCUGUGGAACUGCCCAGUGAUCUGCCAAUUGUUCCGCCACCUGGGUGGAAGCCUGGAGAUCCCGUCCCAUUGCCUCCACUUGAUGCUCUCCCUGUGCCUGCGGGCAGAGUCGAGGGGCAACCACCCCGACCUGUUCCUGCUCAAGGAUUGCCAAAAGCACCCGAGCCAAUCCAAGUUCGGCAUGUUCAGCUUGAUAUCGAUGAUGAUAGUAGUGAUUAUAGUAGUGAUACUGGAAGUUCUGAUGAUGAAGAUUAAACAGAUGGUCGGGUCUAUUUCAAUGGUUUGUGAUCUCCCUCAAGUACCCGCAGAUAGACUACUGAUUUUGAAGUUGGAAGUGGACCUGUUCUAGGACUAAAAUUUGUGAAUAAAUGAGCUUUUUUCAACCUUUUUCUUUUUAAUCUUUUCUAAUACCCUGUAAUCGGAAUCAAAUUGAUGUAGAGUUAAACUUGGUGUUCUUCAAGUUCUCUGGUUUAGUGCACAAGCUGUAAUAUUUGCCUUUGGAACUCAA